GCGGGCGGGCCAAUCGCCUCUCCGGCUCUCCCACCCACCUCCGCCUCCGAAUCUGCCUUCCCCAGUCCGACCGCGAACCGGGGGAGCCCCAAGCCGCGAAGCCACCUCCCGUCGUCUCCUUCUUCCUCGCCCCUUCGCCUCGCGUCCGGCCCAGCUAUAAAUAGUGUCUCCUCUCCGUCUCCUUCCUCACACAUCCCACGCCGAGGAAAAAAGGAAGCACGGCCAGCAUAUGUCACAGAGGGCCAGCGUCCCACACUCCUCCUGCAUAGCCUUCGCGCUCCAUUCCCAUCUCCUGGUCUCCAGUGAGAUGUGCCCCAGCUCCUAUUGGCAAUAGCCCCCCCUUCGCUAGCUAAUCUUACAUUUUCCCUCUUUCUUUCCUCUUUCUUUCGGUUUCGGUUUGCUCGAGCUUUCUUGAGCUUCCUUUUCUCUUCCGGAAAAAAAAGCUUCCUUUUUUCGGCUUUCUGGAUCUUUGGUCUCAAAUCCGACUCUGAUAAGAGGAGGAAGGAACCGAGACGAAGCAAUGGGACUGAAGGGAUUCGCCGAGGGCGGCAUCGCGUCCAUCGUGGCCGGGUGCUCGACCCACCCGCUCGACCUAAUCAAGGUCCGCAUGCAGCUGCAGGGGGAGGCGGCGGCGCCGCAGCCGGCGCUGCGCCCGGCGCUGGCGUUCCACGCGGGAACGCACACCGUGGCGCUCCCGCACCACGACAUCCCGGCGCCGAGGAAGCCCGGGCCGCUCGCCGUCGGCGCGCAGAUCCUGCGCUCCGAGGGCGCCAGGGGGCUCUUCUCCGGGGUGUCGGCCACCAUGCUGCGCCAGACGCUCUACUCCACCACGCGGAUGGGGCUGUACGACAUCCUCAAGACGAAGUGGACCAAGGAGAACGACGGCGUGCUAGCGCUGCACCGCAAGAUCGCGGCCGGGCUCAUCGCUGGCGGCGUAGGCGCUGCCGUGGGCAACCCGGCGGACGUGGCCAUGGUGCGGAUGCAAGCGGACGGGAGGCUCCCGCUCGCCGAGCGCCGGAACUACCGCAGCGUCGGGGACGCCAUCGGCCGGAUGGCGCGCAACGAGGGCGUGCGCAGCCUGUGGCGCGGGUCGUCGCUGACCGUGAACCGCGCCAUGAUCGUGACGGCGUCGCAGCUGGCCACGUACGACCAGGCCAAGGAGGCUAUCCUGGCGCGCCGCGGACCCAGCGCCGACGGGCUGGCCACGCACGUGGCGGCCAGCUUCACCGCGGGUAUCGUGGCCGCGGCGGCGUCCAACCCCGUGGACGUGGUGAAGACGAGGAUGAUGAACAUGAAGGUGGCUCCCGGCGCGCCGCCGCCGUACGCCGGUCCGGUGGACUGCGCGCUCAGGACGGUGCGGUCGGAGGGCCCCAUGGCGCUGUACAAGGGGUUCAUCCCCACGGUGAUGCGGCAGGGCCCCUUCACCGUGGUGCUCUUCGUCACCCUCGAGCAGGUGCGCAAGGUUUUCAAGGGCGUCGAGUUCUAAGGCCAAUCAUGGCGACCGGCGACGACGAUGACGACAACAACCACCACCGUGUUAGCACCAUGCCCCUCGCUGCUACGAAUAAUCGCUGCAACCCUAGAGGCGGAGAUUCGUACACCUUUGCAUCCCGUGUCAGCCUUGUUCCAUCUCGUCCUGCAUCCCAGUGUAUUUGGAUGGAUUUGACCAAAUGUUCUACGGAAAUUUGAAACAUUUUAUUAAAUCGCUA